AAAAGCUGUGUGAAGUGGUCAGUCUGCCCAGUAGUACGAGCACGGGCGGGAGGUACGCCUGGCGUAUUUUGCGACAGAACAACGUUCGCGGUGUAAUCUCCAGUGCCAUCUGCAAUGGAAAACCCAGGAUGGUGGAAAAGGGCGGGCGCCUGCUUCACCAGCUGCGCCCGGCAGAGCACCGCCUCGGGCGAGGCCUUGCUGGACGCAGCGGAGAAGGGCGACUUGCACGCCGUGAGGACCCUGUUGGCCGAGAGGCCUCGGUCGGCUAUCAGCGUCCCGUACCGGGAGACCGCGCUGGUGCUGGCGGCGCACCACGGGCACGAGGAAGUGGUGCAGGUGCUGCUAGCGACCGACGACCGCCCGAGCGCCAACAGCGACCGCGUCGCCACGGCGCUCGUCCGCGCCGCCGCCAACGGCCACUUCAGCAUCAUCCACCUCAUGGCGACUGCCCGCCCGCAAGCGUUCUUGACGGAGACGGCAGCGCUGGCGCUGACGCGAGCCGCGCAGAACGGCCGGCACCUGUGCAUGCGCCAGCUGCUGCGCGGCGGCACCCCGGCGGACGCGCGCCCGCCCGACGGCGGCCUCCCGGCCCUCUUCACCGCCGCCGCCAACGACGCCCGGUGCGUCGCGGAGCUACUGAAGGCCGGCGCCAGCCCCAAUCAGGUGGACGACAACGGCCGGACGCCCCUGCACUACGCCUCCGAAGCGAACGAAGACGGGUGCGUGUACGAGCUGUUGGUCGCCGGGGCGGACCGCAGCGCCCGCGACCGCGCAGGGCGCGUCCCCCGCGACGAGGCCAUCUCGGAGUACGCGCGCGACGUGCUGCAGCCCGGGCACUCCCCCGUGCGCCGCCCGCCGGUGGAAGGCUCGGCCGCGCGCCCUGACGCCGGCCACUGACUCCACGCAACGCGGGUCUUCACAUGGCCAUACAAGACGAAGCACAGCUCGUGGCGGUUGUGGUUAUCGCAUUAUUUCUGUAAUGAAGCAAGAGACGGCGGUAACUGAUUUGUAUGCUGGGCUAGCCUAGGCUUGGCUUUGCUCGUGUAUGGUCACCUUUCUCACAGUAGAAAAAUGACGUAGCUUCGCUGAGUACAUUUUUUUCCAGGUUUGAAGCUACCUAGUACUAUCAUUUAGCUAGACCAAGUUUUUUACAAAACCAGUGACGAACUUUCUUAAACCGAACGGUUUAGGACUCUUGUGGUUAAGGGUAUUCUAUUCUAAUGGUAUUCUUGUUGCGAAUAGUUUUUUACUUUUGCUAUGUUUUUACGCUCUGAUUGAAUGUUCUGAUUCAUUGGUAAAAUUUGCAGGUCGCAUAAUUGCAAGACGUUGAAUUUUAAAAAAUUUAAAAAUCGCAAGUGGAUUUAUAACUUUUAUGCCCAUUUUAUAUCCAUUGUGCUCAUUCCUUGCCUUAAGAUUUAAAAGGAAUUUCGUGUCCCGAAUGUACUGCUCUAAUUAGGAUUUUAAAAAUAAACUUUUGGUCACCAUACCAUCAAUAUUAGAACUGACACCCUUAAAGAUGUUUCUUUUUCUCUUCUUUUCCUGGUGUCCUAAUGUCCAUGCUUCCAUAUUUAAUAUGGAUUAUUUUAUAA